UACUAUUCUGUCUCUGAACAAAAACUUUAUUACCACAAAACUGUAAUUAAAUUUAAAAAAACUGAUGUAUGACCACACCAAAUGAUUGUUUUUUACCUUAUUAUUUAUGGAAACUUUUUUUCAGGAUGUCUUAAAGUGCUAUGUAUGUGAAAAGGAUACAUCUGGAGCUCAUAUGUGUAGUAAAUGUGACAAACACAUUCAUGUUGUAUGUGGUACUACUGUAAGUGAAGAGGGAUACGGUUCAAAUGUGGUAUGUCCAAAUUGUAAAAUUGAUACCAACAGAGUUCGACAUCGUUCUGGAGCCAUGGACAGUCAACUGAAGCAGGCAAACACUAUGGUAGCCAGGAGCAAAAGGAACUAGGGACGGCAUAAGUUGGGCAAACAGUUGCCGUACCAAUACCUAUGUUUGAUAGAGGGAAGGGUGACAGUAGAAAUUUACUCGGCCGAGUCAUUGAGGUCAAUGAUAAGGGCAAUGCUGUUGUGGCUACAAGAUUUGGACAACUUCUUGGAACAUUUGGAACAAAUGAGAUGGGAAUAUGUAAACAAAAUUUAAUUCUGGAAGAGGAUAUUAAUUGUGAAACAACUUUAAGUGUACGUGAGGCAGCAACCGAUCAGUCAUUAUCCGGAGGUCAAGGAUUUUUCAAAUGUUCUUGUAAAACUAAAUGUUUAAGUAACCGGUGCAAAUGCAAGAAAAACGGGAGACAGUGCAAUAGUCGGUGCCACAGUUCUACAACUUGUGAUAACAAAUGAUUUUAACACAAAUUUGUAUCAAGUGUUUAUGUUUUAUAGGUAAUAUUUGAUGAGUUUUAAUAUAAAAACAUAUUUUAUUUGUGAUUUUAU